AUGAAUAUAUUUUGGACACAUUUUUUUGUGGGCACUUUACUUUUAUUCCAAGGAGUUCUGGCCCAGAUCCGGAUUUUGAUAACAGCUGAAGAUAACUCUCAUGCCAAAGAAAAAAAGGAAAAAAGGCACAUAAACCUCAGAUGUCGAGUGACUGACACCACAGAUAUUCAUAUAAAAUGCCAAGAUUUGUGGUGGACAAGAGAAAUUGACCAAGUUAAUCACAAAGAAGUGGUUAUUGGCCAUAUGAAAACACAGUCAUUCUUGACUGGUUACCAGACAAAACUGAGUGUGCAUCCACCCAAAGAACAAUCCCAAGAAGUUUAUAGCUGCCAUGCUUUAUGUGGCUUACAGACUUUUACAGCAACAUGUCACCUCAUGGAUCUAAAAAACUCCAUGAUUGAAUGUAGUUCACAUUUCAUGAACAGCUAUCAAAAGUUGAAAUUGAGAAAUGAAAGCACUGAGAUCCAUGAAAUGAAGACAACCUUGAAAUUCCUCAACCAAAAAAUGUUUUUCUUUCUUCUCAUGAAUAAAUUCUCUCUUGUGACUGACUGCUUGUACCAUUCUUGCCUGGCACCCACUUUGACAAAACUUUUCUUUCUUUCUUUCUCCCAUGUACUUUCUUUCCUAUUUCUUACUGUGUAUCUGUCAAAAGUGAUUCUCAUUAGGCACCCAACCCACUAUCAUUUUCUUUCCUUCUCCCACGUACAUACUUUCUUUUAG